UCAGGGCGACGUUCUGGGUCGGAAAGAUAUAUUUUUGAUAGAUUCCCUUUUUUGAAACAUUUUCUGGAAUAUAUUUCUAAAAUAUAUUAGGAGCUUAAUACUAAUUUGUAGUUCGACGAACAGUUGAAUGCUUUAUAAGGAUUGGACUGGAAAGGCGGAAUCGAUGUUCCGUUACCGGAUCCCAUUGUGCUUGAAAAUUGAAGUUUUUAAAGAAUUCUUGUUGGAUUUUCAGAGGAAAUUCAUUGGAUGGUUGAUUUGAAGAGAAAGUUGGACAGGUUGCUUUGAUCAAUAGUUUCAAGAACACACGUUUUCUGUAUAGUAAAAAAAUUUUGCCCAAAGAUCGAACAUUCACAGUGACCCGCCGACACUUGGACACUACGAAAUUUAGCUAGCAAAAGAACCAAUUGAACAAAUCUUGAAGUCUUGAUAACAAUGGUUGAAUACACACGUCAACCAUGUCCAAUACGCAUUGUGGAGGAUUGCGGCUGUGCCUUUAUGAUGGGCUGUAUCGGUGGCUCCAUGUUCCAGUAUAUGAGGGGGUUCAGAAAUGCACCAACUGGUAUUUUGCGCGGCCUUUACGGCGGCUUGGACUCUGUUAAGAUGAAAACGCCGGCAAUAGCCGGCAGCUUUGCCGUUUGGGGCGCCACAUUCAGCACGGUUGACUGCACCAUGGUCUACUAUAGGCAGCGAGAGGACUCUUGGAAUUCUAUUGUAAGUGGCGCUGCCACGGGCGGCAUACUUGCUGCCCGCAACGGCAUCAAAGCAAUGGGCAAUGGUGCCUUGGUCGGAGGAUUGGUGCUGGCCAUGAUCGAGGGUGCCGGCGCUGCGGUAGCCACAAUUUAUGCGGCCCAGCCAUCCUGCACAGAAAGUGCCCAUCCUCUGCGACCGCAAUGGGAGCAGAUGUCUGUGGCGCCCGACAACAGCGGACAGCAGAGCAGCAGUGAUGCCCUGGCGGAGAUUGAGCGUGUGCUGGACAAGUGCAAUACGUACAAAAGUCCAACGAGAAGGGCUAGGCAAAAGCCCAAGUACAUGGAGACCGAGGACUAUAUCAAACAGUCGCCAUCGCUUCUGGAGCUGGUGAAACUAGCUAACAUUUUUAAAACUUAACUAAUUUAAUAACCUUUUCGGCCAUCAUAUAUUAGUCAUAAUUUACUUCAAAAUUAGAUGCAUGUGCACCAGAUGUUAACUAAAAAGACCCGAGAUUUGAUAUUGUAAA